GUUGUUAAUUCCAAAACCGGCCAUUAGAUUUGGUGAGUGGCUAUGAUCUCGUCAAAUAGAUUUGUAUAGCUAGGCAAAGACACAGCUGGGGUUGGCCAUAUAUAAAAGAAAGAAGUAAAUACAUGCCAUCUAAGAGUGAGAAUUCAGAUAGAAACCAUAGGAUGGGGGUGACGGUAAUAUCUCCCCAUUCAUUGCCACAAUAUUUGCAUUUACAGCAGUCGAUACCAAACCAGAAAGCAGUAAAAACUAGUUGUUUGCUUAGCUAUGGUAGACGAGGAGGAGUCUUGCUUGGUCAAAACAACCAUCCAGACCCGACCACCGUUAAUAGUAUCACUACUGUUCCCGCCAUGAAACUUAACUCAUCAUCAUCUAGUAUUGCAGCAGAGGCAACUAGUACUGGUGCCGCGGCCGCCGCCGACGAUGUAGUGUUGGAAUUGGAGCUGGGAGAGAUUAAGGACAAGUACGUGAAGUGGAAGUGGAAGGGUCAGUACGCCAUCAACUACAUUGUUUCACAUCCAGAAGAUGCAAAUCCGAAUCCAAAUGCUCCUCCUAUUCUUCUUGUUCACGGCUUCGGCGCCUCCGUUCCUCACUGGCGCAGAAAUAUUAAGACAUUGGCGAAGCAUUAUACAGUUUAUGCUAUUGACCUGAUUGGCUUUGGUGCCUCAGAUAAGCCGAUAGGCUUUUCAUACACCAUGGAGAAAUGGGCUGAGUUAAUCUUGGAUUUUUUGGAUGAAGUUGUUCAGAAGCCUACUGUUUUAAUAGGCAACUCUGUGGGAAGCCUUGCAUGUGUAAUCUCUGCCUCAGAAUCUAAAAAGGGACUGGUUCGAGGGCUAGUGCUUUUGAAUUGCUCUGGUGGGAUGAAUAACAAGGCCAUUGUUGAUGAUUGGAGGAUCAAGCUGCUCUUCCCUUUGCUCAUGCUAAUUGAUUUCUUGUUGAAGCAACGACCUAUUGCUUCCUUCAUUUUUGAGCGUGUUAGACAGAGGGAAAGUUUAAGAAAUAUCUUAUCAUCUGUUUACGCCAACAAAGAAUCUGUGGAUGAAGAAUUAGUAGAGAUCAUAAUGGAACCAACAAGUGACCCAGGUGCACUGGACGCUUUUGUCUCGAUCGUAACAGGCCCACCAGGACCAAACCCGGUCCAGUUAAUGCCAGGCCUCUCCCUACCGAUUCUAGUCCUAUGGGGAGAUGAAGACCCGUUCACUCCACUCGAUGGGCCUGUUGGCAAAUACUUCACUUCCUUACCUUCUCAGAAAUCGAAUGUGAGCCUCUCCAUUUUACAAGGAGUUGGGCACUGCCCCCACGAUGACAGGCCUAAGUUGGUCCACGACAAACUUCUUCCCUGGUUGGAUAAUCUUUCUAUAGAAAAUUCAGUUGUAUGAUUGAGACUUGCUCUUCACCAAACAUAUAUAGAAACGUUUUGCUAAUACGAUUAAUUAAAAAA